UAUAUAAAGUUCCAGAAAAAUUGAGCCAGAUAAUAAGACAUUCUUCCUAAACACCUAAAAACAUAUGUACCAUCUUCUCAACUUUCACUCCAUGGAUAGAUCCGAAACUUCUUCUCGUAUCAUCGAUUUUGUCAACGCCUCGAUGGAGAGAUCCGAAACUUCUUCUCGGCUUUCUGCUCCGUACACUGGGAAGAGGACUCCGUACGGGGAUGAGUUUGUCAACGUUAUUAAAUCGCACUUCGAUUACGUCAAAAGCAGGAUUAGGAUCGGUGUUGAGGGGUACAACACUUCCCUUGAACCGAUUGAUCUAUAUUGGGCUUUGGAGAGUCUUUUUAAGACGUGUGGAGAAGUCGACGACAUUGAGAUUGACAGAGAUCCAGUGACAAAUGCACUCAAGAGGUCAUGCGUUGUUAUCCUUCGCGGAGAAGGCGCAGGUGAAAAAGCCUUGCAACUUAACGGAAGUGACAUUGGAGGAAGGAAGAUUGUUGUUACGAGUUUGCCUCCAGGAAUCAGUGUGCUUAGCAGUGGUUUGAGUACUGAUGUACUCGCUGCUAGGCACGUGGCUCAUCAUCGAAGACACCGGAGCGAAGGCAUAUCCGUUACUGGAUAUGACACUUCUCUUCCUAAAGAUGAUAUCAAGAAUUCGCUUAGUAACCAUUUCUCUUCAUGUGGCGAGAUUACCGACGUCUUUGUUCUCAACAGCCGUGCCCUCGUCUACUUCUACGGACUAGGCUCCAACCACCGAGCGGUUCAACUGUCUGGAACCGACCUAGGAGACUGCAAACUGGUUGUCAAAUCCUUGCCCUAUCCAAGACCCAAAGACGUGACUGGAGCUGGUGGCUGGACCCGUUUGCGUCACCGUUUCAGAUCAGGACACAUCAGAUCUCUGCAUGAAGACUUCUCCUAAUCCCACAGUCGAAAUCUGUCUACUUCCAGUACAACACCGUUUUCAGAUCAAACAAACACUCGCUUCAGGAUGAGGACAAUGGUCAUUAACAUGUAAGUCUUGGUCAUGAUCAUGGUCAUCUUGUCGGUUUUGUAGGUUGAAUGAUAUUGUUUUGUGAUGAGUUUCCUCCGAAAAUAUUAGAAUAAUGAGAGGAGUGUUGAUCUUCAGCCUCCAUGUUUGGUUUAGCUAGAUAAUGGAGUUUGAGAAAGAAAAAGAGAAAAAGACAAUAUAAUAGUCUUUUGGAUCAACUAAAGUACUUAUUUCUUGCCUUGUUAGCUAAGCUUAAUAGAUAUUGAUGUUCUUU